CCGUGACUGACUGACCCUGCCAGAUUAUUCAGCUGGAAGCUUUUGUAGAGGGUUGGGCCAGUUUCUUCACCCACUUUUUGUUUUUUUGUAAUUAACAUCGCAAUAAUAAUUUUUCCGUUCUAAACAAUGGCCUCGUCUGAUGUAGCCCGGCAGCUGACAUGUCAGUAUCUCCAGAGAUCGAGACCACCCAGUAGGCCAGUGCAGGGAGGGUUAGGUCAAAAAUUGGACAAAAAUGCACGCCCUCUCUCCUUGUCCGGUCAUGUUGGCUUCGACAGUCUGCCAGAUCAACUGGUCAACAAAUCCACCAACCGGGGCUUCUGUUUCAAUAUUCUGUGUAUCGGGGAAACGGGCAUCGGGAAGUCCACCCUCAUGGACACGCUGUUCAGCACAAACUUCGAGAACUUCGAGUCUUCCCACUUUGAGCCCAAGGUCAGGCUGCGUGCGCAGACCUACGACCUGCAGGAGAGCAAUGUGCGGCUGAAGCUCACCAUCGUCAACACUGUGGGAUUUGGAGAUCAAAUGAACAAACAGGAAAGCUACCAGCACGUGGUGGACUACAUUGACACCCAGUUUGAGUCAUACCUGCAGGAGGAGCUGAAAAUCAAGCGCUCCCUGCACAACUACCACGACUCUCGAAUCCACGCCUGCCUGUACUUCAUCGCCCCCUCAGGGCACUCCCUCAAAUCCCUGGACCUGGUCACCAUGAAGAAACUGGACAGCAAGGUCAACAUUAUUCCAGUUAUUGCCAAAGCAGAUACGAUCUCCAAGAGCGAACUGCACAAAUUCAAGAUCAAGAUCAUGAGUGAACUUGUCAGCAAUGGAGUCCAGAUAUACCAGUUUCCCAUUGAUGACGAGAGCGUGGCCAAGAUCAAUACAGCCAUGAACGGUCACCUCCCGUUUGCUGUUGUUGGCAGUACGGAGGAAGUGAAGAUUGGUAACAAGAUGGUCAAAGCACGACAGUACCCUUGGGGUGUUGUACAAGUGGAGAACGAGAACCACUGCGACUUCGUGAAGCUGAGGGAGAUGCUGAUCUGCGUGAACAUGGAGGACCUGCGGGAGCAGACCCACACGCGCCACUACGAGCUGUACCGCCGCUGCAAGCUGGAGGAGAUGGGCUUCAAGGACACCGACCCCGAGAGCAAGCCAGUCAGCCUGCAGCAGACCUACGAGGCCAAGCGGCAGGAGUUCCUGAGCGAGCUGCAGCGGCGCGAGGAGGAGAUGAGGCAGAUGUUCGUGCAGCGGGUGAAGGAGAAGGAGACCGAGCUGAAGGAGGCCGAGAGAGAGUUGCAGGGAAAGUUUGAACACUUGAAGAGGGUGCAUCAGGAGGAAAGGAUGAAGCUGGAGGAGAAGAGAAAGCUGCUGGAGGAUGAAAUCAAUAUUUUCAGCAAGAGAAGAGCUGCCACAGAACUCCUGCAGGCUCAGGCUUUUAAUACUUCAUCUGGUGUGAACAUAAAAAAGGAUAAAGAUCGUAAAAACUCCGGGUUCAUGUGAAGACCGCCCUCUGAAGAGAACAUCUACCCGCUGGUAAACACAGACUGUAAUGAAUAGAGAAUGAGCGCUCUUUGGUAUUCUCAACCAUCA